AUGAGUCAUCGACGCUUCUUUCAGGAAUUACGCAAAGAACAGAUUGAAUUGCAUAUUCUAAUCAUGUUCUUGCGAUAUUACUUGGAUGCAAAAGGGGAGCGGGUGUACACUUUAAAGCCUAUUGACCCGAACGGAAAGCCUACAAUUUGUGCUCACCCAGCUCGCUUCUCGCCAGCAGACACAUACUCCCGAGAAAGAAUCACCAUCAAGAAACGCUUCAACCUUCUGCCGACUCAGCGAGCAGCGUCGGCGUAUUGAAAUUACUUUCCAUUAACUUCGCUACGUUCAAACUUAUGUAAACAAUUUUUUUCUACAGGAUAUUUUUUAUUGUAUCUUUAAUAAUCUACAUAUUCAAUGAUAAUUUUACUAUUCUGUUUCUGAGGUCCUUUAUCUAUCAUAAUAAAUGAAUUGUCUUGACUAUUUUUGGUUGUAUUCUUUAAUGUGAUUCUAAAUUUUUUGGUAGGUUGAAUAAUCAUUCAAGUAUGUAGCUGGGGUUUUUGCAGAGCAUAUGUUCAGGGAAUAUUGUCAUAGGUGAAAUAAUUGUUAUCUUGAGUAAAUUUGAAGAAAUAUUGGUUAAUGAUGGAAGGGAAAUCGGGUUUGUGAUGAUGUGUACGAGUUCAAAAGCAGUAAGGAAGCCACGCCCAGUCGAGAGGGUCUAGUGCAUCUCCAGAUGUAGAAAAACAAGAAGGAUCGGGAAAUUCAGGUGAUACAAAAGAAAAUAGUCCUUUACGACAAGAUGGUUCUGGAGAGCAAUCGUCAAAAAGAAAUUUUCUGAAGUAAAUGAAACCGAAGAAGGUGAUGAAGAAAACAGACGAAAGAAGCACAAAGAUUCAGAUUCCGGAAAAGAACAACCCUAAGAAAUGGUGGUGGUUCUUCUGGAAGAUUCUCAGGUGGCAGAAAGGGUAACAGUGGUGGAAAGUGUCCAAAAUCUAGUGCCGACUCUAAAAAACGGGGUGGUAGUGGUGGUAAGGUGGAGGGGUGUUGACAGGAAAAGUCCCAACAAUGCAACAGCAGCUGCUAGUAACAGCCCGAAAACCUAACAGUGCUUCUGGAAAGCUGUCUGGAAAUGUUGGGAAUGAAAGUGAUGGUGAUAAAGAUAAUAGAGGAUCAAAAGGAGGAGUAGUAAUUCUGAAUCCGAUUCUAGUAGUGGAUGGACAGGGGGACCAAAAGUCCCACCUUUGAAAAUAGUCAUCCCUCAACAAAGCUCCUCCAUCGAGCAAGAGCAGGGUAAUCGCAAUGGAAAAAAUGGAGCUACACGACACCACCAGGCCCUUCCAUACGUCGUUGCCUCCAAUACUGGGGAAAGUGGUGGUAAAGAUGGAGGUAGUGGGAGUGGUCAAAGCAGCCAACAAAGUGGACAAUCUGAAGGUUCUAGUUCAUCUGGUGGAAAGAACGAAGAUAAGAAGGAUGGCUCUGGGGUACAGCCGAAGAGCAGCGGGCUAGUCACCAUCAGAGAGUUUUUAAGAAGUUCCCAUCGUUCUGGUGGAGGGGGUGGUGCUUCGGGAGGUGGUAGUGGAUCGCAAGCAGUUUCAUCCUCAAGUGGUUCAUCCAAUUCGGUGGGCCUCUGCAUCUACAGGAUCAUCCCCUUCCCCUGCGUCCAAUAGCGCGGCUGCUGACCGAGGAUCAAACAACUCUUCUCCGCAACAGAGGCAUACACCUUCCCCUACCGGUUCCGCUCCUGCAUCCUCAGCUGACUCCAGUUCUGUCGCUAGCGCUUCAAAGUCUUCUGGUGCCAAACUCCAGUGCCACAUCGUCUGCAGAUGAUAAAGGUUCAGAACCAUCUGAGCAAAGUAAUCAACAAUCCCAGCAGCAAUCAACUAUGCAACCUGCACCUGUAGAAUUGCAUCCUCGUAAACGGAAGAUGAAACAGAACAAAGAAAGUCAGGCAGCUGCGGCAGCGGCUGCUUCCUCAACCACCCUGUCAAAUCUUCCUCUGAAACUCCAGAAACAACAAGUGCGGCUACAGAGGUUCACCCACAUGAACAACCAAUUACCAACUGCUACCAGCUGUUUCUCAACAUUCGGAAACAGAUGAAAAGCGCAGAAAGGGCCUUUUUCCUGUACAACCAAAGCCACCACAAGGGUUCAAAGAUUACCUCAUGAAUCGAUGUACAUAUGUUCUUGCUGAAAACGCUGCCUCUCAUAGGUCUUCACCUCAAACGACACCGCCCGCUACGGUCCCGGCUUCCAUGAAAGAUCUUUAUCAAGACCAAGAGAAAGAAAGGUUUAGAUUGAAAAUGCAACAUGUAAUAGAAAAAAGAGAAAACUAGUGUUGUCAGUGGAGCAAGAAAUUCUUAGGGUUCACGGUAGAGGCGCAAGGGCCCUAGCAAAUCAGUCCCUUCCUUUUUCAGUGUGCACCAUCCUCAAAGACGAAGAAGUCUACAAUGUGAUAACGCCAGAGCAGGAAGAGAAGGACAGAAAUGCUCGGUCUAGGUACAAUGGACGUCUCUUCCUAAGUUGGUUGCAGGACGUAGAUGAUAGUGGGAAAAAAUAAAAGAGUCAAUGUUACUUCGGCACCAUAAUGAAGCAGAAUCUUUGCAUGCAGUGCAGAAAAUGGACUGGGAAUGGAAGAUGAAGGGAACUUACUAUUUGUGAAUUCAAAGCUAAACCAGUCAUUGAUGAACUUCAUGUCCCAAUGGUGCAUGUUAGUGAUGACUUUGAUUUACUUCCAGCUUGAAUUGUGGGGUCAAAAUGGUAGCUUACGCUUAAGGGUUUUGUUGCUUCUUGAGGCAAAUGGUGUAAUACUCAGGAGGCACUUUGUGGAACUGAUUGUACUCCUGUUGCAUAGAUGGUACUCGUAUUUUUAAAAAGAAAAAAAAAAGAAAGAAAGAAAUUAGAAAAUGGAAGAGAAAAAAAUUGUGAAUAUGUAUCCACACUAGUGGCUAAUAAUUUCAACAUGAAAUAUUAGGAAGUAGGCACAGCUGAAAUAUCAAUUAAGAUGUUGAAGCUUGCUCUCUUCCUUGUAUUGUUAUUGUGAUAAUCAUGUAACACAUACUUGCUUGCAUAGAAGGCAUUCUUACCUCCUUUUACAAUAUAACAUUGAACAGACUACAUUUUAUUAACAGUUGGCAAGAUAAUAAUGUGGAACUUUGAAAAUAUUCUUUAUAAUAAUCCUAUUUUUAUUAUUAAAUUGUAUGCCAAAUUUUCAGAUUGAAUUGUUUUAUUUGAUUUUUGUUCUUGGAAAUGCAUUAGUCUUUCAAGAUGAAUAUUAGGUGCCAGAACAUGAGUGAUAUAUUUCUUAAAUAAGCAGUACACUAGCCUUCCAGAGUUCACCAACAUACUCAUAUUUCUGAGGUUGUAGGUAACCAUUCAGUUGUAUUAAAAAUCAAAACAAAAAAAGUGUAAUAAGUUCUCUGGUAUAAUUAUGUACUAUUGCUACAUUGCAUGGUAUUAUUACUACUACAUAUAGUGUAUUCGGGAAAAUUCUGUGUUUUAAUGUACCAAGGGAACAGUAACUAGAAAAUGUACAACCCAAAAAUGAUCAAUAAAUUCAUGCUUCACCUGCAGAUUUGCUUGAAUUGGAAGCUUACUCCCUACUAGGGAACAUGUACUGCUACUAGCAAGGAAAGAUCCUUCGCAUUACAUGCGUAGGAGGGAAAGUGUGCUGACUGGUGUUAUGCAUGGGUCUGUUGCAGCAAGGCUCCUGCAUAGCAAU